UUUGAGUGGCUACACCUGGCCAACAGUAUUAAGUUUCAGUUGCUUCCUGAAGCUAUAUAAAUGUUAGCGGCAGCUCGCGCGCGCAUGUGCAUGUGCUCCUCCCAGGCGUGCGCGCGAGCGCUCGCGGCAGUCUCCUUUGAAACGACUGAAAGUUUGUCUACGGACGUUGUCCAGCCGUUAUCGAGGGGAGGCGAGCAGAGGGGAACAGGGAGACACCAAAAAGCGCAAGAGACGACAGCGGAGAGACUUGUGGAUUAAUUUUACCCCCCUCGCCAUUUUUAGAAGACUUUCUGUAGAUAAACAACGGCGGAAACCUGGUUUAAUCCCGCUCAUCUGGUCCUUCCCAACCUUCCUACUUUUUCCCCAUUGGCUCUUGUUCCCAGAGGGCAGAGAUAAGGAUGGGGUAAGACAGCGGAGACUAAACGCCAAGACAACGCCAGCUGAAGAGGCACACUCACCUGCACUGGUGGCGUCCAGUGGAAGACUGCCAUGGCGUUGCUGCGCUGGAACCUAAAGCUUAUGGUGACACUGAUGAUGGUCAACCUCUUUAUCUUCAUCCUCAUCUCCCGUAACAGCAGCACAGACAAAGAUGUCCGUCGGAAGCCCACUGUUCCCACCGAUCCAUUCUGGACCAAGCUGGCCCCUAGCUCCCCUUACUGGAACCGCCAGCAGCAGAUUAUGGACCUUCAGCACAAUCCCAUCAUCACCUUGAACUCCAGCAUUGCAGACUUGCCCGACUGGCUCAACGACACUAGUUUACCUUCCGACUCCUGCCAGCCCAACCUCGGGGUCAGAACUCAGGUUAAAGACUACAACUCUUUACCGAACCGCUUCAAGGACUUUCUGCUCUACAUGCGCUGCCGGUCCUACCCCAUCCUCAUGGACCAGCCCGACAUCUGUAACGACCCCCCUUUCCUGCUCCUCGCCGUCAAGUCCCUGGCGUCGCACUUUGACCGACGUCAGGCCAUCCGCCAAUCCUGGGGCUCAGCUGGCAUCGUCGCCAACAUGACUGUGGUCACUGUCUUCCUUCUAGGGAACGCCACAGCUGUGGACCACCACCCAGAUCUUUCCGAGAUGCUGCAAUACGAGAGUCAACGACACAAAGACAUAGUGCAGUGGGACUUUAGAGACUCCUUCUUUAACCUGACGGUCAAGGAGCUCCUCUUCUUGGAGUGGAUCCAGACCCGUUGCCCUGGCGCCCGCUACAUCUUCAAGGGCGACGACGACGUCUUUGUCAACACCUACCGUAUCCUGGACUUUCUCAAGGGCCUAUCAGGGGCCAAAGCCAGGGAUCUGUUUGUGGGUGAUGUGAUCACCAACGCGGGGCCCCACCGGGACAAGAAGGUCAAGUACUUCAUCCCAGAGAGCAUGUACACUGGAAUGUACCCGCCAUAUGCAGGAGGAGGGGGCUACCUAUACUCCGGAGACCUCGCCGCCCGCCUGCAUAAUGUCUCGCAACACGUGGCACUCUACCCCAUCGACGAUGUCUACACCGGGAUGUGCCUCCGGAAGCUUGGGCUUGCACCGGACAAACACAAAGGAUUCCGGACCUUUAACAUAGAGGUGAAGUACCGGUCAAACCCAUGCGCAUACAAGAGUCUGAUGCUGGUUCACCCCAGGACGCCGCAGGAGAUGAUCCAGAUCUGGUCCUGGCUCAACCGACCUGACCUCACCUGCCAGUAAUCAGACCGAAGGGACCCAGCUGGCUCGGUUUGGCCCCAAAAAGUGACAUGCUUUGGGGUUUUUUUUAUCUUGAACAGGGUCAUGACUUAAACAUUGGCAGCUUUAAGUUAAGACUACAUAAAGUUGUGGGAGAAUGGGAGACUAUUUUGAAUUCCUCUAAUUCUGCUAGCUUAGCUUCUUUCAAAGUGAAUGUCUUCAAAAAUGGAUAUUUAUGUCACAGCUAUUUAUAAAGGCUUUAUACUGCUUAAACACUGUGUCAACUCCACAAUGGAGGGUCUCAAUGCUGUAUUAAUGUGGAGAAAGUUCUAGGAAGUAUUGGUGGGAAAAAAAAAAGCACCAAACAAACAACUGGGUUCACCGGCUAGAAAAGACGAUCCCGGGCAACACUUUUGUAGUUUUUUGUAUUUAUUUCCUUGAAGCUUAAACUGUGCUGCUAUUGCCAUCAUCCUCCCUGAAGUAUUUACAUGUGACACUCCAAGCAGAGCUUCAGCAUGACUUUUAUUAGUAUGUCUUUUUAAAUGAGUCACUUAUCUGAUCAAAAAGAGUUGUUACAGAAAUCCAUUGGCUUUUCUUUCACUUUUUUUUUUUCUUUUUUUUUUGUGGAUGUUGUUACAGCAGACUGGGUCUCUGGAUAAAAUGGUGACCUGGUUCUAUUUCGCUCAGCAGGAAAGAAGGUGAGCUGGAGAAAUCCAAGGGUCAAAAACAACCUGGAUGUGAAUUUCAUUGGAGAUUGGGUUUUUAUUUAUGAGUGGAUAAUUAGUGCUAAAUCUUCCCCCAGAACGUCUGACAAAAGAUGAUUACGUAUCCAUCCCAUCACAAAGCUGAUGCUGAAAUGUUUACUGGUUGAUUUAUUUACUUUUUUCUUUUUUCUAAAAUGAUCCAGAUUCAUUUUAGGUGGAAACUACUAUCUUAUCAGCUUUAGAGUUGGUGUUUUUUCCUGCUUAAUUUUUUUUUGUAGGAAUGCUGCAUUUUGUUUUGAUGAUGUUCAUUACAGAUAUUUCGAAAGUAGAAGAAAUGCACAGUGCACAACAUGUUUAUGCAGAUACAAAUGUUUUUAUCUGUUAGGAUUCUGAUAAGAAAUGUCUGAAAUGUCCUUUUUAGUCUGAAGCUGAUCCUAUCUUUUCAGACCUCACGUUAUUUUCCGUUAGAGAGGCUCCCCCUGCUGGUCAGGGUGACAAACUAAGGCUUGUCAGUGCUUUAUGUGCAAACUGAUGUCUCUAGAUUAGAACUCUUUUUGUCUUUACCCUCAGAGUCCAUAUUUACUCUGUUGCUUCUUAGAUUCCCCGCACAGCAGUCGCCUGUGAUUGUCUACUUUAAAAUAUUAAAACACUAAAACGAGCUAAAGAAUCAACAGCCACUCAAUUCAUACUUCAAAAAUAGUAAGUAAAAAACAUUUUUUAAUCAGUAAUUGGUUAAAUUCUCUCUCUGAACACAGUUGGUGGCUACUUGACAUGUUUACUUGGUGUCCUAUUCAUACAUUUUAGCAAAUUUCUGUGACUGUUCUGUUUUUUUUUUGUUUUUUUGUUUAGUUUUUUCUUUCAUGCUCUCUAGUUGGAUUACAUCUUGCUUUUACCUUAUGUUGCUCUUUCCUUUUCCUCAGACUCGCCUCAGAUAGUCCAGUUGAAUGUUUCCAAAUUAAAGAGUUUUCACAUCAUCCUUGCUUUUCUAAAACUCAGUUUUUCCACUUGUCACACAGUCAAAAUCGCACAGCGGUCCAAAAUGAGCACCAAACCAGAUGUACUUGUACUGUAUGUGUGGGGAUGUUCUUCAGUCGUGUUAAUUAAGCUUGUUUUAAGCAAAUUAUUUAAUUUUCAAUAAAGGUAUUUUUUGUA